ACAGAGCCCGCAAAGUUUAAAUGGUCUUUGUUUUGGACGCGUUUCCCUGCCCCCCAUCGCAAAAUUGGAAGCCGUAAAAAUGUAUGACAGGUAUGUCAAAUUCUCUCGGCACGUUUGAUCCUUCCAGGUGUAUUCUCGGGUUAAAGUCGUCGGUUAGUCCUCAACGUUGACAGCCAGCGAGCCACAUUGUCCGCUGAUGUUUUUCUGGCGUUAGCCGCGUCGCAGAGCCGCUGAUGUAGGUAACUGCUAAAACAAUUACCGUGAAGACCAAAUGAAUCUUGAUGUUUUUCCUAAGUAAGCCAUCAGUUAAUAUGGAGGACAAAGAGUUUACACCACUGACGGUACCCACGGAUUAUUUUCAGCAGUGGUACCAGUCGAGCCAGCAGCACCCCGAGGUGCACCAUGUGAUGUCCUACCACUACGGCGAAGGCCCGAGAGACGAGCCCGUCAUGGCCGAGCUGUCCGUCCACAGGGAGACGCCGCACUGCCAGGAGCAGGUGUACCACAACUUCUCCGCCGCAGACAACUACCCGGAAUCGGCCUAUCAGCAAAGUGCCAUCGAGCAGCAGCAUCCUGCAUACCCGCAGCAUCCUCAGCAGCCACACACGGUGCAACAACAACAACAACAACAACAACAAGAAUCGUUUCAACACACAUGGCAGCAACAUCAGCCUCACUAUCAGGACACGAUACAACAGCAGGAGACAAACGUUUAUCAACAACCUCCGCCUGCUGCUCCGCCUCAAGCGGUGACACCGGUGAAGAAGAAGCGCGGCCGUCCACCCAAGAACCAGAGCGACAGAGGGACGGUCAAAGAGGAAGAGGAUGACCAGCGGGAGCAGGCGAAGAAGGCCAAAAGGAUUCUCAACCGCUUCAACGGCAUGUCAGUGGCUGAGGUUAUGGCCAAAACGCUGCCCGACGUUAUUACCGGCAAUCUUGACAUUUUGAUCAUUGGAAUCAACCCGGGACUGUUGUCGGCCUACAAAGGACACCACUACCCCAACCCCGGGAACCAUUUCUGGAAAUGUCUGUUUCUGUCUGGCUUCACUGAGCAGCAGCUCAACUACAUGCAUGACGAGAGCCUGCCGGAGAAAUACGGGAUAGGAUUCACCAACAUGGUGGAAAGGACCACACCUGGCAGCAAGGACCUCUCCAGUAAGGAGAUCCGCGAAGGAGGCCGACAGCUCCUCGAAAAACUCCAAAGAUACAAGCCACGGAUCGCCGCUUUUAACGGAAAAGGCAUUUAUGAAAUCUUCUGCAAAGAAAUCUUCGGCGUGAAGGCCAAGAAUCUCGAGUUUGGUCUGCAGCCCCACAAAAUCCCAGACAUUGAAACGGUUUGCUACUUGAUGCCGUCCUCAAGCCCGCGCUGUGCCCAGUUCCCACGUGCACAGGACAAGGUGCACUUCUACAUCAAGCUGAAGGAGCUGCGCGACCAGAUGAAGGGAGGUGCGGCCACCGGCCACGAUGUGCUGGAGACCGAGUACUCCUUUGACCUGCUCCAGGCUAAAGAAGACGCAAAGAGGAUCGCCAUCAAGGAGGAGCAGGUGGACCCCGAGUACGAAAGCUGUAGCGGAGGGCAUGAGAACGUGAGGCAAAGCGGCAACUUCUACAACUGAAGUCGGCAUGGAUCCGUCACGUCCACAGCUGGAGAUGAAUGAAAAUACAGUUUACUGUGGGACUUUAGUGUAGUGCACUGAGGACUUGACCGCACACGACUGUUGGAUUCUUCUCCCACACUGUGCAUGUACUGUACUAGGCGUUAUAUUUCCCCCUAUUUAUUGCAUUUGGUAUCAUUUAUUUGACUUAUUUUUGUACUGUAUUUUGAAAUAAUGGAAUUUUAUGUAUGAUCAUUUGUGUAAACAAGUAAUUCGACUCCACAAUUUCUAAUCUGUUUACACAACUAUUAAAUUCUUCGUUAUGGA